UACACAGUUCCCAAAAAUGACAACAACCCAACUUCAAGAGCAGAAGAUCUUCGAAACCGGCGUGAUGGGUGGCUAUAUGGCCCACCCGUGCUCAUUGGGCCUUGGAGUGCCGCUGGAACACUUGGAGAGAUCCGGAACAAGGUCGACACGACGAUCGUUAUCGCGGAGUCCGCAAACCAAAGGAAACUCGAGAGCGUGGACUAUGCAAAGGCAAAGGACUCGACAGCUCAGUAUAACGGUCUUGCGACGCUCGACGACUACACGAAGCUGUACGAUCGUGAGUGGGAGCUCAGCUCGGCUGGCGAUGGACCGGCCUUGGGACUCUUGACGAAUUACACGCAGGACCUUUUGUUCUCAAUGGAGCGUUUGUCCCUCAACCCGUACGCGGUCCGACGACUCGGCAAAGACGAGCCGUUGCCAUUUGAGGUCCCCAUUGACCAAGCUACUUCGCUCGUCGGUCAGACCGCAAGCCAACUGCUACAUACUGGACGUUUGUUCUACGUCGACCACCGGAAUCAAAGCAGUCUGCCUCGGGCUACUCAGUACUCUGCCAACUGCGACGCACUGUUCUACAUAUCUCCCGUCAACGGCGACUUCCUUCCUCUCGCGAUCAGGACAAACACCGGGAGCAACCUUAUAUACACGCCUGCCGAUGCCCCUGAUGACUGGUUGUUGGCGAAGAUGAUGUUCAAUGUGAACGACUUCUUCAUGGGCCAGUGGGACCACCUUUCGCGCACUCAUCUCGUGCUUGAAGCUGCUGGCCUAGCUGCACAGCGGACAAUGAGCGGACAACAUCCGCUGCUAGGUCUGUUGGACAGAGGCAAGUACAACGAGUCAUUCUCUCUCUCAAAUCCCAUCGUCGCCACCGAAGCUCUGCUAGCUCCUGGUGCGGGAGUGGACAAAUAUUUUGGUCUCUCCGGUGCAGCUGCUGGAUUGUUCUCCAACGAGACCUACUUCAACGGCUAUGCGAGCGCCGUGCAAGCGAACUACUUCCACGCCAAUCUCAAGCGCCGCGGGCUGAUUGAAAGUCCCGACGGUCCAGAGCUGAAGCACUUCCCUUACUACGAAGACGCCAAGCCUCUCUACGACGCUAUAAGGUCCUUUACUGGCAUUUUCUGCGACUCCUACUAUGACUCCAUCGACGCAGUCGACGGCGAUGUCGAGCUCCAAGCAUGGCUCGCUGAAGCCGACACGGCGCAAGUGUUCGACUUCCCAACCAAGGCGACAAUCCGUAGUGUCUCCGACCUUGCCGAUUUGAUGGCCCACUUCGGCUUCAUCGCCUCCAUUGCGCACCACACCGUCAAUCUGAACGAGCUGCUGGAAGGCUCGGGGGUGCUUCCAUUCCACCCGAUCGCCUUGUACAAACCCGUCCCAGACGCGAAGGGAGUCACGGAUGUGGUCUCGUAUCUUCCGGGCCUCGACAAAGCGCUGGCCACCAUCGACUUCUCCGCCAAGUUCGCGCGACCGCAGUACGCAGGCACGAACCGCACUUUGGUUCACAUGUUCGACAGCGACGAGUUGUUGGCGAGGAGUCAUCCGAGUGCACGUGUAGCCAAUGAGGAUUUCAAGUCGACUAUGUACGCUCGCAGCGAGGCUAUCAAGAGCCGAAAGUUUGGACCCGACGGACUUAGUCAAGGUAUGCCUUUCGUCUGGAAAGCGCUGGAUCCGGAUGUC